AUGGUUCCCUCCACCGAAAUCCUGGAGCAGCAGCCAACUACCAGCCGCUUCUCCGCAGAUGUGGAGGCGGCGAAGCACAAGUUCGAGCGCUGCGAAAGCUCCGCCAGCACGGAGGCCGCCGCAGAGAGGUUCCCGCGCUUCAGCUCCGACAGCUCCAACGAAGAGCGCGAGGUUGAGGUGUCGCCAGCAGAACGACUGAGGCUCGAACGCGAGGAGCAUGAUGAUGAAAAGGCUGAGCGCUUCCGUGAAGUACGCGCCACGCCUGUCAUUGCCCUGCUGCUCCUGCUCCUUUUCGUUUGCUGGGCCAAUCCCAUGGUGUUGCUGUGGGUGGCUUCCCUU